AUGUAUCCUCACCAGUUUGACUCCCAACAACAGACCCUGCCAUCCGAAUUACCGGCUGAAACAGUCCAUCAUCACGAUUACACAUACCAACCCAGCCUUCAUCUUUACCAACCACAAAUACUACCUCCUUCGCCUCCCAUGGAAAGACCAACUCUAUCCCCAUCACGUCCCAUCCUCAUCCCCUCAACCUCAAUCACAGGCUCCCUAGAAGUAACUCCACCAUUCCACCGAGCUUAUCCUCCUAUUCUCAACUCCUAUGGAAUCUCUUCAAAAGAUUUCAUGGCUGUCAUCGAUGCACUCAACAUCGCCCUUGCUGAGCCAGCACCAUUCAAAGCAAUGGAAGUCGCAGGCGAUGGCCUCGGCUUCGUCCCUAAUGAAAUCGCCCAAGGCGUUUCUUUAGGUCUUGGAUUAGCCGCAGGUACUGGAUCUGCUGCUACCGCAUAUAUCCGAGAGAAAAGGGUCCUUGAGAGGGUGAAUCGUGAUAUAUUCGCCCCAAAGGGCUUGGUGAUGAAGACCAUGAAGGAUGAGGAAGUGAUGCAACGACUCAACACCACGGCUAAGAGUCUUGAUCCACUACAAAGGUUGCAAGAAAUAGCACCGUAUGUUCAGGUUCUGUCUUUUGAUGUCGAGCCACCUGUUCGACAUUCUAAUAUGCUGGAUCGCAUCAGCGCCAAGCAAGCUGCGAGCAAGCAAGCAGGCAAGGAAAAGAAGAAACAGAAGAAACAAGACAAGCGCCUCCAAAAGCGCGAAAAGGCCGCUGAUAAAUUCGAUCGUCCAAUUGAUUCUAUCGAUGAACAGUACAACUCCGACAUUGAAAGUCGAAUUGAGAUCGAGGCCAGGAUCGCGAGGUUGGAGGGUAGGAUCGCGGAUAUCAACAUGAAAGCAGAAGAUAAGCUUGCUGAGUCGAGUAGCAAGAAAGCUGGCGAGAUUGAAAAGAGACGAAGAAAGGACUUAGAAGAGGUUGAGAAGGAUCGUGCCAGGUUAAUGGAGAAGCAUGGUAAGGCUAUUGCCAAGGUGAAUAAGAAAGCCGAGAAGAGGGAUGAGAAAGAUGAGAGGAAGGUGGCUAAACUGGAAUGGAUUAUGAUUCGAACUACUUAG